UCCUGACGCAAAAGCGUCCCACUUACAUCUAUCGCUCCCAUUUUAAACCAUGCAUCAGUUGAUGUUCUCGCUCUUCUGAUUCCCGAGACUCCCGAGGACAUCCAAACUUAAUGCAUAAUGUGGGAGGUAGACGAUGACGUGGUGGAUGUCAAGACCAUCCCUAUGGGCCCCUGUGCUAAGACACGGAAGUUCUACGAGCUAUGCGAUUGGAUUGAGGCGUCCAAGAAGUUGGUUGCAUCAAAGCAGGCCAAAUCGUACUCUCGCGUAAAGGAAUAUAUCGAUGAAUGGCGCAGGACGGAUGACAAUCUGUUUCCACUGCUUCGGAUACUCACGCCACAAUCAGAUACGACUCGCUUGAGGUUUGGACUCAAGGAGAAGGCCCUGGCUGUUGUGUACGCCGAUACAUACCAGCUAUCAUCUUACGACUGCGAAUCUCUCAAAAAGUUUGAGUCCACGGCGAAGAAUGAUACCGGGGACUAUUCAAGUUUGCUGGAGAUCGUGCUGAAACAAAAGGCCGUUCCUAACACUCGCACCGAGAACAGACUUACUAUUGCGGAAGUGCUUGAUAUGCUAACCACACUGGAGCAUGCGCAUGAAGCCGAGAAUAUUGAGAAGAAGCGGUUGCGGAAGGAGGUAUUCAGUAAGGUGUUGCGUUGUAUGUCUGCCCGUGAGAACAAAUACUUUGCCAAACUCAUCCUAGGGGACGGCCUAAAGAUAGGGAUCGGCAAAAAGGUGAUCCUGGAUGCCUACCAUAGUAGAGCUGCAGAAUUCAUGCAUACUAAUUCCAGUUUCCAGGAGAUGGUAUACGAGUGCAGAGACCCGAAUGUGCUGCCGAACGUAUUGGAUAUACGGCUGGGUAAGGCCUUUGUGCCGAUGCUAUCUGAGAAGUCCAACUUGCAUGAAAUUAAAGCCCUGUUUGAGAAGGGUCAAGAAAUGCGUAGCGAGAUCAAGUACGACGGUGAUCGCUUCAUCAUCCAUCUCAAGAAGGGAUUCGACGGAACUCCGCACAUGAAAAUUCUGAGUCGCAAGUUCAACGAAUUUGACAAUCUGUAUACGAAAUCCUUUGUGGCCAAACUCGGGCCCUGUUGGGAGAAUGUGAAGACAGAUUGUAUCAUCGACACCGAGCUGUGUAAGUGGAAUGCUGAGCUGCAGUGCAUUACACCCCGAGCAGAGGGUGACACUGAUGUCAAGAAAAUGUACAAGGAAGAAACCCCAGACAUCCAUCCCAUCUAUGUUGUGUUCGACCUUCUGUAUCUUGACGGGCGAUCACUCAUCACCCUGCCGCUGCAUAGAAGACAGAAGAUGCUGAAGGAGACUAUUAAGGAAGUUCCAGGGUAUAUGCAAGUCAGUGAUGUGCAUACAUUGAGAACAUACGACGACUUUUGCAAAUACUACAAUGCUGCCAUAUCGAAUCGGGAAGAAGGAAUCAUGCUCAAGCACGUGGAUGCACCAUAUGUUCCAGCUAAGCGUGACGCGAACUAUUGGAUCAAAGUCAAACCCGAACAUCUCGAUGAGGUGGCAGAUCCCGUGGACGUGGUGGUGAUAGGCGGCUUCUUCUCGGGCGGCUCUCUGAACCGUGGGGUGGUCACGCACUUUCUCAUGGGAGUGCUAUCUACCAAGGAAGAGACAUCAGAUGGAGAUCCUGUGUUCGAGUCGUUCUGCAAAACUGGUGGUACUAUGAAAGUAGUGGAGCUUCGUCGGCUCAUGGAGAAGCACCGGGACCACAUGCACAAGUACGAUCAUUCGAAUCCUCCGCCAUUUCUACGAAUCCCGCAGGCGAAUGCUUCACAAGCUAAUGAAAUGCUACCAGACAUCUACAUCAACCCAAUAGAAGCGAGCAUAGUUCUCAGUCUGAAAGGCGCUCAGCUGGUACCGACCAACAACUACGCUACAUCGCACACUCUGCUGUUUCCUCGAUUGAAGGAAUUGCGGACGGACAAGGACUAUCAGACGAUCGAAACAGAUGUCUCAUUGGCCAAACGAGUACAAGACGGCAUGAACUUGACGGCUCUGCAGUCGCAACGGAAAAUAACUCCACAAAAGGUCAAAAAAACCAGACGACAAGAGAUAAAAUGGGCGGGCACGGGGAAAAUAACUGACACAUCAGAUGUCAAAGUGGAAAGUGACACAUUCCAAGGUUUGGUGAUUCACAUUGCCUCCGACAUUGACGAGCCCGGGAAACGGAAACCCGAUUUAGAAAAGGUGAUUGCUAAGUUGGGCGGCAGAUCUAAACCUACAGCUACGGAUGCGAAUUAUAUUAUUAUCGGAAAGAAUACGCUGAAGACUCGAUCAGUGAUUAAACACUUUACAACGAGAAAUGUGGUCAGCUUACACUGGUUGCUGGAAUGUUUUGAAGCCGAGAAGAUAGUGCCCGUGCGUCCCCAACACAUAUACUGUGCAAGCGCUCAGCUGCGGGCUACGACCGCCGCACACUACGAUUGCUACGGAGCGGCAUUCAGUAGCCGUUUAAUCGGGGACGAGUUGGAGAUUAUUUUUUCACGAGCAAUGGCGAAACGGAAAGAGUAUCAGGAUACUGGCGCUGACGAGGUGAAAAAACAACGCGUCUUGGACUUACUGCCUUAUGUUACAGCCCCUAUACAACUUUUCGCGAGGGUGGUGGCAUACUUUGAUCGCUUCGCGACGAUAGGCGAUACCUGCAGUGGCAUCGAGGUGUCUCAUCUACCAUUUGUCGAGCAACAGUUACUCAAUCAUGGCGGGAAGGUUGUUACACGCCUAUCUGCCGACGUAACGCACAUCGUAUGUGAUGCUUGGGAUCUGAGUAGAUUGCCUCAACUGGAGGAGAACCUCGUAUGCAAUGGCCACCUGCGACACCUAGUCUCCACCAAAUGGGUGACCACCUCCGUCGCCAAGCUGAUGCGCAUAGAAGAACGUACAGCCACAUUUCGAAAACAGGACAUCCUAGGCGGCGCAGAGGAAAACAACAAUGAUUCCGGUUACGUAGAAAUUAAACCAUAGCUACACUUGUCUUGGUUGCUGCAGCCUUUGACUGGGAUAGUUAUCUUCGUGACCAUCACAAGUAUAUGUCUGGAAAUGUAUAACAUAUAACUUAAAUUAAUACUCC